GUUCCCGGGAAGAGGCGGGGAAGGACGAGAGGGAGGGGGCUGCCGUGCCCAGCCCCGGCGGCGGCGGGGACCGGGGCGGCUGCGCGCUCCUGCUGCCGUGCCGAGCCGAGCCGUGCCGAGCCGAGCUCCCGGCACCGGCGGCCCCUUGGCGCUGCCGCGCUGAGCGGCGCGGGCGGCGGGGCGGGGGGAGGCGGCGGCCGCGGGCAGCCCCUGCCCGCCGGCGCAGCCCGUGCGCCCCGUCGCCGUUCCCCCCGCCGCUCAGCGGGGCACGAAGAUGCGGAGCAAGGGCAGGAAGGAGAGCCUGUCCGACUCCCGCGACCUGGACGGCUCCUACGACCAGCUGACGGGCAACCCGCCAGUCCAAACUAAAAAAGCGCUGAAGCAGCGAUUCCUCAAACUGCUGCCCUGCUGCCGGCCCAAAUCCAUCCCCUCGCUCAGUGAAAACAGUGUUGAGGAUGAGUUUGAGCUCUCCACCGUCUGCCACCGCCCCGAGGGGCUGGAGCAGCUUCAGGAGCAGACCAAGUUCACCCGCAAAGAGCUGCAGGUCCUGUACCGAGGCUUCAAGAAUGAGUGCCCAAGUGGCAUUGUCAACGAAGAAAACUUCAAGCAGAUCUAUUCACAGUUCUUCCCUCAAGGAGACUCCAGCACCUAUGCCACCUUCCUCUUCAACGCCUUUGACACCGACCACGAUGGCUCCGUCAGCUUUGAGGACUUUGUGUCUGGGCUGUCCACCAUCCUGCGGGGCACCAUUGAUGAUCGCCUGAACUGGGCCUUCAACCUCUAUGACCUGAACAAAGAUGGCUGCAUCACCAAAGAGGAAAUGCUGGACAUUAUGAAGUCCAUCUACGACAUGAUGGGCAAAUACACCUACCCGGCCAUGCGGGAGGAAGCACCCCGGGAGCACGUGGAGAAUUUCUUCCAGAAAAUGGACCGGAAUAAGGACGGCGUGGUGACAAUCGAGGAGUUCCUGGAGUCCUGCCAGAAGGAUGAGAACAUCAUGCGAUCCAUGCAGCUCUUCGACAGCGUGAUUUAGCUCCCGGACCUGCCUCCAGACGAGCUCUCCUGACACUGGGCCCAGAACCUUCUCUCUCUUGACUUUUCCUUUGAGACUCCCCUCCUCCGGCUGCACAGACACCCCCAUGGAAAGGGGCUUUCCUUCCCUGAAAUGCAGUCGGGGCCGAGAUCUUCCCCUUCCCCUGGCCCAGCUCUGCUUUCCUCGGGGAAUCCCAAACAGGUGCUCCCAGAUGUUGGAGCAUGGGCAUGGCUGGCACAGGAUGAGAAUUUCACCUGGAUGGACCUCCCUGCACUCAAUCCCGGUGGAAGACAUGCAUCCUUGGGCUGUAAUAGAGUUUUCCCCAUGCACACCACCCUGUGCAGCCACAGCUCGCCUACCCUCAUCCUCGCCAGCUCCAGGAGCCCCCAGUCCUGGCUCCAGCCCAAAUCCUCCAGCAACACUGUCUAGAAACCAAUAAAGUCUUGCAAUGGGCACAGCCAGUGCCUGGGCAUCCUCUCCUGCCCUGGCUGUGCCCUGCUGCGGGAAGCAUGUCCGGUGUGUCCACUGUGAGCCACCGGCCACCCUCCCUGUCCUGAUGGUGGGCCAGUAGGUGGGCAGAGGGGCCGUGCCUGGACAGGGCAGCCACAUGAGCCCCUGGGGUUCAUUGCUGCAUGAGCUAUGGGGAGCAUCCCCUGAUCCCAGGGAUCCCGGUUAGACCUAUGAGGUUCUUCCUGGCAGGGGCAGAGGGGAGGCUAAAGGGACCCCGGGGUGACUUGUAGCACUAGUGGCACAGGAUGGAGAAUGCAGGGCUGGGAGAGCUGCAACCUCGGCCCCUGUCCCUCAGGUUUGGGGUGCUGGCACAGGGGGACCCCAGGGAUCCGCUUUGAGGCUCCAGUGGAGAGGCACCCUUUCCAAUCCUUCCUGAGGACAUGACAGCCAGGAUAGGGCAACAUGUGGAAGAGGGAAAUGGGCUGGUCUCUGGUGGCCAUUCUGGCCUCAUAGGGCUCACAGCUGUGCUCCUGGCACAAUUUGCUGCUGACCUUACCCUGCUCCUGUGCCCUGACCCAUCCCAGCCCACCUUCUGCCCCGGGGACUGGGGGAUGAGAAAUGAGGCAGAGAGGUCUCCCCACAGGCACAGCCCUGUGCUGGUGACAUGGCUGAGAUGGAAGCUCCUGGAGAGAAAGUCGAGGCUGGGGUUAGACAGGAGUCACUGCCAUGCUGCUGGCAGGCUGGAGGGUCACCUAGGGGCAGGGUACUCUUCUCCCAGCAUGGCCAUGUGAGAGCCUGCUUGGGGACCUUGGGGCUGGGGACCCUGGGUGUUUUUGUCACCACCAGCUCCUUGGAGAUGGGUGUGUGCAGGCAGGCCUGUCCUGCCCACAUACACUCCAAGUCAUAGCUGGGAGAGUGAUGCCCAUGGGCUAAUGAUCCCAUGCCAACUCCAGAAACCCCUCACAGCCACUGGGAAUGUACCCAGCCCUGGCAGCCCCUGACUGAAGCUCCACUCUCUGCAUCCUUGGCCAGAGGUGGUUUGGGCUGGCCUGAGCUGUGAUGUCUGGGAUCAGCACUCAUGCUGGGCCAGACCCAGGCUGAGCCCCUGGCACUGGAGACAUUAGAAUUUAACCCCUGGAGCCCUGAGCCAAAGGUAUGGGGCUGCUCCCCAGGGGGACCGUCCCUGUCCCAGCCCUUGCAGAUAUCACACGUUUUUUAGGCUCAUCUGACACAUUAUUUAUCUCGCAGACAUGACGUGUUUUUUAGGUUCAUUCAACACACUGUUCAUCUCACAGACCUAUUCCCAGGUUUGCUGUGGGGCUGAGCUCCCACUUGCAUUCUCCUAAGAGUGGGAGGGCCUUACCCCUCUAUCUCUUGGCCCUGUUCCCCCUCCUCCCAGCUCUCUGGGGUUCCCAUUGUUCGCUGCCAUGUGGAGCACCUGCCGCCUCCCCCCUCACGCUGUAGGUCGCAUGGUGUGACCCCCUGCCCUGGGGCAUGGUGACCCACAACCCGCUUGGCAUCUCCAGUCUGUAUAUUUUGUAUUAUAACAAUUAUAUGAGUUAAAAAACAAAACAAAGGAAAAAACCCAACAAAGAACCAAUAAAAUCUAACCACA